AUGCAGGCUGGUUCUCUGUUCCAGAAGCUUGCCAACAGCCGUGAUCCGACUCUGCUCAGUUAUCUUCAGAGGCGUCACAUUACUCCCAACUUCUUGAACGAGAUUGACAAGUUCCUGGCCAACCACCCCGAGAUUGCUGACUAUGCACCUCGAUUUGUCCAGGACUUCAACAGUCUCACACCCUUCGAUGCUUAUCGGUACUUCCUGAAGGGUUACACGAGGCCUGCGAGAUACAUCAAGGAUCAUUUGCCUGAAGGCAACUUUGUUCUGCCUGUGGGCUUCAAGUACGAGCGCCUUGUCAAUGCUGUCGACGAGGAACUCAUCGGCUUCUUUGAGGGUCAUGACUACCGCUACGACAUUCUCGAGGAGAUUGACUGCCAGGUGGCUUACUUUGUGGCAGACCUCCAGAGAGGUCAUCUUCUGAAGAGGGCUGAUCGUACGCUCGUCGUCUACGCUAUCUGGGGCAAUCCUGUGGAUGCCUACAAGUACUUUGAGUAUAACUAUCAGACGAAGUGGUUGAAGCACCGCUAUCUCUCCGAACACAUCGUCCUCGAUGACAUUCCACGCCAGGAUGGCUACUCACUCCCCAACCCACGGCAGACAGGAGAGGACGAGGGUCAUCGUGGCCACUAUAUGGUAAGAUUGAGGAUGGCCAGGGCCGCUGACGAAGGAGUC